UCUGCUAAUGUAAUUUUCCUCAUCCUCAUCCUUUCAUUUUUUUUUUUUUGGUAAUGUUCCUCAUAUCCUACUCUCGUUUUUGCUCGAGAAUUUUUUUUCGUUUAAAGUCCUUACAAUAUUCUCGGAAGAAAGACUUCUGAAGAGAAGGUCACUACAUUUCUCUGAAAUUUCUCUUCUUUGACCAUAUUAGCUCGUGGAAAAGAAAAAAAAUGGCUAAAACUAGACAUUUGACUCCUGUGUGCUUCAACAGAUUUGCACAUAUUGCCCAAUUAUUGUUUCCUGUUCGCUCUUCGAUUGUUGCGACGGGUAAGGCUUGGACUUGGCACUGAGUGUGAAAAGGCAGUUCAGAUUCUCCAACUCCCAAUACGGUGUGCUCUGAUACUGUGCACUUCAAAUGGAUAUGAUUGUGGAGAAUAUUCCAAAUGUAUACAACUCCAUCAAAGCCGUCAAAGAGAUGCCUGACAAGUGCUUUGAGCUGACAGGCCUACUGCAACAGAUAGACAGCAGGGAGAGGGACAUGGUUGCGCAAUUGAAGAAAGAGAAGGCAUGCAAUCCAUGCAAGAAGCCGAAGGCUUAUGUGGAGACUUACUUUGAACUAGUGAGAAAUUUCAAAGACAAUGCCAAUAAAACCCUGAAGUGUUAUGGAGAAGGGAGAAGGAAUAUGUGGAAUCUUAUUCGCAUAGCUGUGUGGCCACAGCUAGAUAACCUGCUAGAGGAAGGGAAGGGUUUACUGAACAAAGCCAACCAACUGAUGAUGGAAGGGUUGACUCACUCUGAAGUUUACUCACGCGGUAUGAGGUUGCCUGUGGUGGAGCUCAUUGGCAAUACAACAAAAGGACUUCAAGUUGAAGGUCUUAGUUCAAUAAGGAAGAAGGCUAAAAUCAUUGGCAUACAUGGAAACCUUGGAGCUGGAAAAACCAACUUUAUGAAGUUGUUGCAUAAUGAUGUUCAUGGUGAUCCUGAGCAAUAUAAGGGUGUGUUUUGGGCGGGGGCACCUCAAGAACAGCUGACUAAUAUCAGGAACUUACAGGAUUGCAUUGCAGAGGCUAUCCAAUUCAAGUUUGAGGAUGAGAAUGUGACGAGAAGGAGUGGCCUUCUUGCAGCCAAGUUUAAGAAUAUGGCUCCUGGCCAUUUUGUUCUCUUUCUGGAUAAUGUGAAGGAGCCAUUUCGGAUGCAUGAAGUAGGGAUUCCAAUUGGGGGUACAGAAACUGAAGAUGAUUUCUGGUGUACACUUGUAUUUACAGCUUCAUCGGAGGAUAUUUGCAACAAGAUGAAUUGCUCAACCAAGAUCAAAAUGGACCUUCUCCCUGAGUCUGAAGCACGGGAGUUGUUCUUGCAGGAAGCUGGGUGGAAUACUCAUUGUACCCGAAGUUAUUCCCUUAGGAUGGAAAAGAUUGCAACUGAUGUGGCAAAGCAAUGCGCCCGUAUGCCACUUGUCAUCACGGUAAUGGCCCGAUCUAUGACAGGGAAGGAGGACAUAUGUGAGUGGAAUAACCGCCUCAAUGAGCUCAAGGGCAUCGUUGAGGACAUUCAUGGCGAUGAGGCAAAGAUACUAGAGCAGCUAAAAUUCAGCUUCAAUGGCAUAAAGGAUCAUACUGUUCGGAGUUGUUUCUUGGACGCUGCUAAGGAACUGCCCGAGGGGCGUCAAUUGCCCAAACAAAGCCUAAUUCAGCAUUGGGUUCAAAACGGAAGAAUCAGCAGGAAGCGUACUAGGGGUGCCAUUCUGACUUCUUCUGUCAUCAACGACCGAGGUCAUACUAUAAUAAAGGAACUACAGAGAGUCUACUUGCUGGAAGUUGUAGAACUAGACGGAACAGUAUACGUGAGUAUGAACAAGUGGAUAAGAAAAAUGGCUGAGAAGAUAACACCAGAGGAGGAGGGGCCUUACUGUGAAUUGUGAAUCCGGAAGAUUUUGUCAGCAUAUGAAGGAUUUGUGAUGUAUGUUAAGAGUUUUAUGGAGCUUUCUUUACUGAAAAAAACUCUGUUAUUUUCUCAUUUUCUGUCACCUUAUUUGGGGGUUUGUUAUUACAUACUUGUAUGUGUGAUUUUUGUACUCAAAUUGAUGCGAGUAUAUGUUGAAUACUCGAUACAAACAUUUCCUGUCUCAUGAAUCAUAAAUGAGGUACUCCGUAACA